UUGACAUAUGUAAACAAACAAAAUUAUAUUCUCUUGUGUUCAAAUGGAAUGGUUGAAUAAUUUGCAAUUUUCUUUUAUCUUUAAUUGUAUAAAUCCAAAUAAAAUUUGGAUACGUUAUUUCAUUUGAUAUGGAAUCUUUUUUUAAACUGUAUGAUGGAAUUUAUUAUUAUUUCUUAAUUGGUGGCUUAUUUCUUAGUUAUUUAGUUUAUCGUAUAUUUCAUUCUGUUUUGGGAGAUAUCAAUUAUAUACAGACGAAAUUACGAAUUAGAGGACAUAGUUGGAGGAGCAUUGAAUGCAAUAAAUCUUUGCCAUAUAAUAUUUAUUGUACAGUUUGUGGAAAACUCAUGCUUCCACUGGUGGGAUUAUUUUGUGAAUGUUGUGCACUGAGUGCAUGCAAACGGUGUCAUGUUACUAUAGGAAAGAAAAUCAAAUGUAAACCUAUAACAUGGCCCAGUGAUAGACCCUUCUUUCAUCAUUGGGUAAAUGUUGGAAUACCACGGGGUGAUGACAGUAUUGACAACAUAGAGGAUUGUAUCAAAAAGUUUUUUUGUAGUUGGUGCCAGAGAACAAAACUCUGCCCUGAGAAUUCUCUGAAUGAAAGAGAGGAAUGUGAUUUUCAGAAGUACAAAAAUAUAAUAAUCCCUCCUCCUUGUGUCCAAGUGGAGAAGGGGGAGAUCAGCAGCAUUAAACCUUUGCAAGAUAAAAAUUGGGAGCCAUUUAUAAUUUUUGCAAACAGAAAAUCGGGAGGCAAUAGAGGUGACGAAGUUCUUUCCAUUUUCAAAGGACUCCUUAAUCCUAUGCAGGUAGUGGACAUCAGUUCGACGGCGCCCGAGAGCGUACUGCGAUGGCUGCCGGCGCGGUGUCGAGUGCUGGUCGCGGGCGGGGACGGCACCGUUGCUUGGAUACUCAACACUUUGCUCAUGGCCUCGCAUGUUAAAGCGGCGGUGGGCAUCCUGCCGCUGGGCACGGGCAAUGACCUCUCACGCGUGCUGGGCUGGGGCGCCACGUGCGCCUCGCACCUCGACGCGCACGCCAUCAUCGCCUCGCUCAGGCGGGCGCAGGACCAGCCGCUUGACAGAUGGAAGAUAACAAUAAAGCCGAAGCGGCGGCGGCUGGGGCGCCUGCGCGCGGACCGCGUGGUGUACGCAUACAACUACGCGAGCAUCGGCGUCGACGCGCAAGUGGCGCUUGACUUCCAUCAUGCGCGCACACAGUUCCUCUACCGAUACGCUAACAGGACACUUAAUUAUAUGGCGUACGCGUUGCUGGGUGCGACGCGCGCGUUUGACGCGGGCGCGUGCGGCGCGCUGGAGCGGCGCGUGCGCGUGCGCGCGGACGGAGCGCGCGACGCGCUAGCGCUGCCGCCGCUGCAGGCGCUCGUUGCGCUCAACAUCCCCUCCUGGGGCGCCGGCGUCGACCUCUGGCGAAUGGGUAAUGAAGGAGAAGUACCGGAACAGAGUAUGAACGACGGAAAAAUUGAGGUAGUAGGAAUCUCUUCGUCGUUCCAUAUAGCUCGGCUGCAGUGUGGUUUAGCCGAACCAUAUCGGUUUACUCAGGCAUCUAGAUUAAGGAUUGAUCUGGAAGGUUCGUGCGCGAUGCAGGUGGACGGUGAGCCCUGGAUGCAGGGCCCCGCCACCAUCUUCAUGGAGCACGCCGGGCAAAGCCUCAUGCUCAGGGCGGCCCCCGCUGAUACUGAUUGAACCGCGAAUCUAGCUCUCUAAGAGCCAUACGGCUUAGUCGCGCCCCGUCAUUUUGACGUCCGCCGUAGAAAUUGUAUGAAGUUUCGACGUACGGCAAUGUAUGUCAGUGUCAAAAUCUAUAGAAAAUAACGGAGCGCGUCGGAGCUGCAACGUACUGCGUUGACGUAACGGAGCAUGACUGAGCAAUGGGGCAUGGCUCUCAUUAUAUGUCCACACCGAGCCUCUUCUCCAUUGCUUUACUGAGUACUAAGUAAAGCAACGGUAGAAAUUAGUUGAAAUCAUACGCCCCUCAAAUGUAAUUUACUUAGUGAUUUUAGGCGGCGUGAGAACCGGCUAUAUGGCCUAGAUAUAUUUUUUAUUUUGUAUUCAUUUUUAAAAUGAGUUUUUUUAAAGGCCUCGGCCGUGGGCGCGCCCUUUCGCUGCAACCUCUCAGUGCGGCUAGAUGCAGCCGGUCUAAGUUGCUUAAACUUAGGUGUAGACUACUUAUUAUGGGGUAGACCUAGAUUUAGCCGUUGUCAUUCCGGACCAUACAUACGUGCCAGACACGUGUUCCAGACAGAUUUUUACACCUAGGUGAAGAAAUAUAAGCAGGCUACAUCUAGGUAUAUAACCAUCUGACCGGAUGCACCUAGGUUCCGGCUAAACUUAAGUCUAAUUUAGAAUACGGCUAAACUAGACUUUAAAACUUAGUCGUAACAUAUACCUUAGCAUACACCGAUAGAUUGAAUGUAAUAUCAAAGCAGUGACGAAACCAGUUACCAUGCUGUACUGGGCACAACUGGGCGUGUUUUUUCAAUUUGUACUAGUGAAUAAUGUAUUGUCACAAAUUAAACUCAUGAUGCUGAUUGCACAGAAGUGGUUAAUAAAUUAUUAAGGUUUGAUGAUU